AUGCACCUUCUGGAGAUCGACGACCAGGGUGAUAUCAGGCUGACUGAGGAUCUCCAGGAUGGCAUUCCUCCCUACGCGAUCCUCUCCCAUACUUGGGGAGAUGAUAAGGAUGAGGUCAAGUUCGACGACCUAAAACACGAAUCUUGGAAGAGUAAAGCUGGCUAUACGAAGAUUCGUUUCUGUGCGAAACAAGCCAAAAAAGACAACCUCAAAUACUUCUGGGUGGACACAUGCUGCAUCAACCAAGCGAAUUUCACCGCUUACUCCGAGGCAAUCAACUCAAUGUUUCGCUGGUACCACGAUGCAGCGAAGUGCUAUGUCUACCUGCCCGACGUGUCAAUGCGUAAGGGAGACGAAAACUACAUGAAACCGACUUGGGAGCUAGCUUUCCAACAUAGUCGAUGGUUCACCCGUGGCUGGACACUUCAAGAGCUCUUAGCGCCGGCCUCCGUUGAAUUCUUUUCGCAGGAAGAAGAGCGCUUGGGUAACAAGGAGACACUCGAAAAGCAGAUCCACGAGAUCACAGGUAUUCCGAUUGGGGCCCUCCGUGGCUCGUCUCUGUCGCAGUUUAGUGUGGAGGAGCGCAUGCGAUGGGUAGCUAAACGGAACACCAAGAAGAAGGAGGACAAGGCAUAUUGUCUACUUGGGAUCUUUGGUGUCUCCAUGCCUUUGAUAUACGGGGAAGGGGAAAAGAAGGCACUCGACCGGCUUCAGAGGGAAAUCGACGAGUCAAGAAGCUCCCCUACCAUAUCAUCCGACGGCAAUGUCGUCUUCGAUUCGAGAAGACGCAGCAUGGCGGUCCAUGAGCAGGAAAAAUAUCAACGCCUUCUUGAUUCCUUAACAUUCGAGCGCAUGGAUGCACGUCUUCUGAAUAUCGCCAAUGCUUUGCCGCAGACAUGUAGGUGGGUAUUCGACGAAAAGGAAUUCAGAACGUGGAUUACACGCAACGAGAUCGAAGACAACCAUGGUUUCCUCUGGAUCAAGGGGAAGCCUGGUUCAGGCAAAUCAACCAUCAUGAAAGAGGCUCUCAAAAAGAUCAAAAGAGAACAGCCCAGAGAUAUCAUCAUCUCUUACUUCUUCAACGCACGAGCCCCAGGCCUCUUAGAGAAGUCAAGUGUUGGAAUGUAUCGCUCGCUGGUACGUCAGAUACUUCAGGCACGGUCGGAGUUACAAGGACACUUCUUCCAAAUGUUUGCUAUGAAGGACCGAGGAGGGCUGGUGGACGAGUGGACGCCUGCAGAGCUGCAAGGAUUUCUAACAGACGUUGUGGAGAGCCUGGGAGACCGCACACUAGACGUGUUCAUCGAUGCUUUGGACGAAGGGGACGAAACCGACGUACGUCACCUUGUUACUUUCCUCGAAGAGCUAAGUCAAAGAGCAGUUUCAUGCCCUACAUCCCUGAGGAUAUGUCUCUCCAGCCGUCAUUAUCCACACAUCAGCAUCCGGAAGGGUCUUUAUCUUGUCAUGGAGCACCAAGAUGGACAGAGAGAUGAUAUUGACAGGUAUGUUCGACUUCGACUCCACGGCGAUGAAGGUCGUGGGACGAACGAACUGAGAGAAAAGGUGUGCCAAAAGUCGUCACGCGUAUUCCUCUGGGUCGUCCUGGUCGUCCCAAUGCUCAAUGAGCUUUACGACCAUGGUCUAGUUGCAGCGAUGGAGGCCCGUCUCGAGGGGCUCCCCGAUACCCUGGAUGGUCUAUUUGCGGAGAUUCUGGCAAGGAAUGCCGAGGGCAUCGACUCGUCUGUCUUGCUUUUGCAAUGGGUUCUUUUCUCGUCGCGGCCACUAAGCCCGGUCGAGCUAUAUCUUGGAAUGCAAUCCGCAUUGGCAUCAUCGCCCAUUGGAGGUGCCACAUCGAUUGCUGAAGAAACAGUGGAGCGAUACCUUCUCAAUUGCUCUCGGGGACUUACUGAAGUCACUAGGACCGAGCCACCUUUGGUACAGUUUGUGCAUGAGGCAGUUCGAGAUUUCCUCCUUGGGGAGAAUGGCUUCAAAAAAAUCGACACCCGUCUGGCUGGAAAUGUCAAGGGCAUCAGCCAUGAGCAACUCCAUACGGCCUGUUUGCGAUAUUUCGACCAAUGUCUGCCGUUGAAUAAUCCGGUCUAUCGGCGAGAGGAUCUUCCGCAGACGUUCCCUUUCGCCAAUUACGCCGUCAGGUUCAUGUUUUCGCACGCCGACGUUGCAGAGGCUAGCGGAAUCCCUCACCGCGAGUUUCUGAGGCGGUUCCAGAGCAAUGGUUCUCACGACUUUUUGAAGUGGAUCCAGUUCUGGAAUAGUUUUCAACCCUGGGAAGCAGAACAAUAUACUAUAGCCGUGCAUUUACUCUAUAUUUUGGCCAAGCGAAACCUGGUCGAUCUGGGAAAAGUGUUGAUUGACGACGGAGUUGACGUCAACGCUCGGGGGCAAUACUUCGGGAAUGCAUUGCAAGCAGCCUGCGCAAAUGGCCAUGAACAAAUGGCAAAGCUUCUUGUUGAAAGUGGCGCGAGCAUCAAUGCUCAGGGUGGCCGUUACGUAGUAUACGGUCACGAGGGUAUAGUCCGACUGCUACUUAAGGAGGGAGCGGACGUUAAUGCUCAGGGAGGCAUAUAUGGUAGUCCACUACAGGCAGCAGCAGCAACAAGUCACGAGAGUAUAGUCCGACUACUACUUAAGGAGGGAGCGGAUGUUAAUGCUCAGGGUGGCCACUAUAAUAGUGCACUACAGGCAGCAGCAGCAAAAAGUCACGAGAGUAUAGUCCGACUGCUACUUAAGGAGGGAGCGGACGUUAAUGCUCAGGGUAACGACUAUAACUAUAAUAGUGCACUACGGGCAGCAGCAGUAAGGGGUAACGAGGGUAUAGUCCGACUACUACUUGAGAAGGGAGCGGACGUUAAUAAUACUCAGCGUGGCUUUAGUAAUGCACUACUGGCAGCAGCAGCAAAAGGUCAUCCGGAAACAGUCCGACUGCUGGUUGAGCAUGGAGCGGACGUCAAUGCUCUGGGUGACCGAUAUGGUAGUGCACUGCAGGCAGCAGUAGUACUCGGUAACGAGAGUAUAGUCCGACUACUAGUUGAGCAUGGAGCGGACGUCAAUGCUCAGGAGUAG